UCGCCGCGGUCGAACCCCGCUUCAUGACGCGUGUAGCGGCAUCGCAGAAGCGUCGCAAGGACGACAUCCAUCCUCGCGAUCGUUUGUGCCCGCCCGUCCCUUGGGAGCUUCAAGAGUCCAACAACGCCCCGUGAGGUCUGCUGGUCUCCUCCUCUCCACCGAUAAAGCGAGAACACGACAGACAGACAGACAGGCUAACGAACAAACAGGAGAUGGGCGCGUCCUCUUCCGCCGACCACGGAGGCAUCUCGGAGCAACAGCAACGGCAGGAAGAGGAGGAAAACUUAGCCGCCGCCAAUGGCUUCCUCCCCUCCCUUCGCAAUGCCUUCUCCAACCUCUCUCCGCCCUCCUCCUCUUCCGUCCCCCUCGCUUCCCUCCAGGUACUGCUGCUGCCUACCGAUCCACAACCCAUGUGACAACUGACCCUCGAUUCUCCCCUCUUCCCUGGACGUGCAAGUUGUUGUGUCCGAAUCCUCGCCGGUGCCGUAGCACUUCCCUGCCCUGUCGAACAAUCUCGGCGCAACCCUGGUCUCGCUCUUCUUCCCCGUUGCCGAUGAUCGUGCUGACGGUCGUAUUGAUUGGAUUGGCUUCUUGAGCGGCUACAAGCGAUGCUACGGCAGGAUGCCCGUCUCACGAUCCAUCAACGAGCUAUACAGAUUGUACGCCGCCCUGUCCCGGGAAGCCGGAGCGCCUUGCGGCUUGGAGUUCGAUCCCGAUGCUGGCGACGAUGAUAAGGUGGGCGGGUCUCUCUUGCCGGGAGAGGUGCUCAUGCUUUUCUGGAUCUGCUGGGUCAUGGGGCAUUCUUCGAGGAUCGCGAAGAUGUCCAGAAACGCAGAGGAUCCUUUGGUGCUCCCUGACAUGAGCCAUUUGCUAGUGUCAGCUUUGGUUUCGUGCGGUGUGAUCGCGGAGGAAGAUGAGCACAUUUGGAGAUCCGAUGUUUUGGCGGUCGAUAAGGGUGUUUCUGCGCAGAAGUUUCAGACGUGGGUCUUGACGACAGCACCAGGCUCGGCGAAUUGUCUUCCGAAGUAUGUCCAGGAGAGGAUCCAAGCUUGCUCUUCUUCGAAGCAACUUUGUGAGUGUCAAUUAGGCACAGGCACUGAUGUAGCAUAAGGGCAUUCCUCCAAAGAGAUUUGUUGAGAACUAUUCACAAGAAUUUAAGAAAAACAAAUUUGCAUGCAUUAAGCUAAUGUCAGGAAUUUGGUUAUGGAAGUGUUAGGGUCUACAUGGGAUAACACUGAUACUGAGUUGAAUUCAUUUGUGAAGAGGAUUUAGGAGACCAGGAGGCAAAAUCAUUAACUGACAACU